CGAAGGCGCGUUAAGCAGAAGAAUUACAAAACGUUCAAGUACGUGAAAAGAUCCAAUUUGUCAGGGUAUACUUUCAUAAAUCAGUAUCGUAAGGUACCGGAAGAACCGAAUAAUCCAAUAGGUCAAAUUUGAGAGAAAGAGCAAGCUUCGCCUUCUAUGCCAGUGAGUGUAAAGGCAGCUUUGAUAGACAAUUGAGACGAGAUAAAAGGUCGACUCGAAAGUUCUCUAUUUAACAUUGGCAGUACAACCGAAACGGUUCAUUUUCAUUUGUGCAUUUAGGCUGAGCACGUAAAUUGAUUGCAUUGAUUUAUUAACUGAAAGUGAUAUAUUUGUUCUGUGAUUUCGUGUAAAGACAUCAACAACAACAACAAGCACAACAACAGCAACAACCGAAGAACAAACAUGGUGAAAUUAAUUGCGAGUAUUUGCCUACUGGUCGUUCUGGCUGUGGUCAACCAGGCCCAGGCUGAUAACCUACAAUGCAACAUCAAGACGAAUGCGGUUUUCAAGGGAUGGCCCGACAUGAAGGAGCCAUGCAUUAGGAGCAUGCGCGACCAGAUUCAGAAGGAGAUUGAAGCCUCUACCCAGUACCUGGCCAUGGCUGCCUACUUUUCAACCGACACCGUCAAUCGUCCUGGCUUCGCCGAGCAUUUCUUCAAGGCAGCCAGGGAGGAGCGCGAGCAUGGCUCCAAGCUGGUGGAGUACCUGUCGAUGCGUGGCCAGUUGACCGACACCGUUAACAACCUGAUCAAAGUACCGUCUGUUAAGGUGACCAACUGGACUGGUCUGUCGGCUUUGGAGGAUGCUUUCAAGCUAGAAACCGAGGUGACCAAGUCUAUUCGCGAACUGAUCAAGACCUGUGAGGGUACUUCCAAGAAGGCUGAUGAUAACGAUUACCAUCUGGUCGACUAUCUGACUGGCGUCUAUCUGGAGGAGCAGCUGACUGGCCAGCGCGAUCUGGCUGGCAAGAUCACCACACUGGAGAAGAUGAUGUCCUCCCACGGCCAACUGGGCGAGUUCCUCUUCGACAAGAACUUGUAAGGUGUCACGGCCCCGCCCACGGGAAACACCAAUACACCAACUCAUUGUCUAGCAUGCUAUUCAUAGUUUUUACUGUGCUCUUAAAAACCUCUUAUUUAAAAUUAACUGUAAUUAGCCGCUGCAAAAAAAAAACACCAUCCCAACAAGUAUUUUGUUAUCUUCACAAGUUUUUGCCAAAUUUAGUUUAUAAUUAAAUCACACUCAAACGUUAAAAGCUCUUCUUUUUUGUUUCAUACAAAUAUUGGCCAAAUAAAUACAACGUUCUGUUUGAAGUCGAUUUCAUUCCAAGGCACAGUCAAA